GCCGAGCGGCACGACAGAACCUAUUACGGUAUAUCGACUACAGAUUCCUGCGGAUCUCGAGCUUUUACUCUGGUCGCAGAGCCUACAUAGGCCCAGUUCUCGGAUCAAUUGGAGUCGGAUCACCUUUCAACGUCCCUGGCGCAAACCAUCAAGAUCGACCUCCCUCCUCUUCGCCAUCAUAUGCCAACAUGGCCACCGACCCAAAGCUCGUCUGGAAUCCAGACAAUGUGCGGGAUGUCGCAGAGUCUGUUGGCAUCUCAUCCUUGAACGAGGAAGCAGUCAGGGCACUAUCACAGGAGGUGGAAUAUCGCGUUGGACAAGUUAUUGUGGAAGCUAUGCGAUUCAUGCAUCAAGGAAAGAGGACUGUGCUGGGAACACAAGACAUAUCACAAGCCUUGAGAGUACUCGAUGUUGAGCCGCUUUAUGGUUACGAAUCGACAAGACCUCUUAGGUUUGGAGAGGCUUCUUUAGGUCCUGGACAGCCACUUUUCUACAUCGAGGAUGAGGAGGUGGAUUUUGAGAAGCUCAUCAAUGCGCCAUUACCCAAAGUUCCCCGUGAUAUGUCAUUUACAGCACACUGGCUUGCCGUCGAAGGCGUCCAACCCUCAAUACCUCAGAACCCGACUACAGCUGAAGCUCGAGCAACAGAGUUGGUACCCAAAGGACCAAGCGCAAAUCCAAGUCUAGCAGCUCUGGCAGGGAACGACAACGUCUCGUUCAAACCUCUGGUUAAACACGUUGUCUCCAAAGAGCUCAUCCUCUUCUUUGAUAAAAUCCGUAGCGCUAUUCUGGAUCCAGACACAGAUCCCGAGGUCGUUAUACUAAGAGAAUCGGCUUUGGAGAGUGUGCGCUCAGAUCCAGGUCUUCACCAAUUAGUGCCAUACUUUGUGAAUUUUGUGGCAGAGAAGGUCACCCAUUCUCUAAAAGACACAUUCGUCCUCCGUCAAAUGAUGGAACUGACGGCAGCCAUGAUGGCUAACAAGUCUCUUUUCAUCGACCCUUACGUUGCAGCACUCGCCCCGCCCGUCCUCACAUGCAUCAUUGGACGCAAUUUAGGCCCUGAUGGGGUCGAUAGCUUGAAAGAGCAAUACCAACUUCGAGAUCUUGCAGCAUCGAUCAUGGGCCAGAUGGCGAGGAAAUUUACUUCGUCAAGCUUAUCGCUACAACCCCGAUUAGCACGAACUUUCCUCAAAGCUUUCCUUGACCCCGUUCGAAGUCCCGGGGAGCAUUACGGAGCCAUCCUGGGCCUUGCCGCCGUCGCUGGUCCGGAAGGAGUACGAACACUUAUGCUCCCCAACAUCAAACCUUACGAAUACGUGAUCACGAAAGCGCGAAACGAGCGCGGCCCCAACGACGAGGGCGUUGCCAUGAUCAUAGCAGCGAUCGUCAAGGCGAUCACCAGCAUUACAGAAGACUCCGAGCUGAUGUCAAAAGCGGCAGAUAACAUGGACGUGGAUACGGAUGACGGGCCGGCUCUAGAGGAGUUCCUCGGGACGAUUAUCGGAUCGCGGAUCGCCAGCUACGGGAAUCGCAAGCUGAAUAAAGUCAUCUUGGAGUCGCGGGAAAAAUCAUGAAUCUUUCCGAGUGGAUUCACGUGCGGGCGUUUGGGGGUGUUAUCGGCGCCGUGGCGGAUCUUCAACCUGUUAUUUUAUAGGGAUGGCGGGAAAUGAUGCUCUCUUUCUUUACUUGAAGCAUAAGUCAUGAAUGAUAUCACAGAAUAAAUUGUGUUGCAUAUGUAUAUGCUCCAUUUUCU